GCGCACUAAGAACAACCAACUAUUGAAUUCAUUCAUGCUAUGUAGUGCUCAAAAUGGCUCUUGUUUUUGCUUCACCAUCAAUAGUAGCGGCGCACUAUUUCGUCCACAUGUUGUUUUUCUUCGUGUGCUCAUCUAAGCAAUCUCCCGUCAUCAAUGCUGCGAGAAAACCUUAUGCUGGUGUUCAAUCAUCGAUCGAGGAUAUCACAUUAGAUCAUUUAACAAGUCGCUCCGGUUCAAUUCUAUCCUUUCUCAUUUACCUGUCUUGUAUUUUUCUAGUACGUGUGUCCACAAGACUAAAUUGUACCAAACCUCGCAAAGAUGCGAUUGCGCGACGGGGUACAUACGCGGUACAUAGAGCGUGUCGCGAGAAGAGCGACCCCAUCACAGCUGCUGAAGACGCGCUCCCGAGUGCUGGGCAUCCGAUUCGCGAAGUUUGGGAAACGAGGUGGCACACAGAAUAUCCAGCGGAAGAGGUGGAAGCGGCAAAGCGCCGCUUUGCGAAGAGUUGAGAGACGCGCAUAACCCUUCAAAAGAUAUCCUAAGUAG